GCAAUUUUUGCUGAUUUUUUUUUUCCAAAAGUGAUAUGCCAUAACCUUCACCUUCCUAAAGUAAUGUAGUGCCAGAUCACCAAGUAGCUCCCUCAACAAAGCAUAAAACUAGACCUACUACUCGUAAAAGCUACGUUAGUUUUUUUCUUUUUUUUUUUUUUUUACUUCAAGCUUUCUUUUCUUUUUUACCUUUUUAUUUAAAUAAACAAACAACUUAUCAAUUUCGAAAAUGGAAGAUGAAGAAAUUCUUAGGAAUGCUGUCAACUUGCAGGUUCUAAAGUUCCAUUAUCCUACUAUCUCUAGCACAGUUGACAUCGCUUCUCAUGUUGCAGUUUAUCAAUUCGAUAUUCCUUCUCAACAAUGGGUAAAAACCGCCAUUGAAGGUACUUUUUUCCUUGUUAAGGACCAAUCUGGAAGGAUUGGCUAUGUGAUACUUAACCGGAAUUCUCCAGAUAACUUAUACUUAUUUAUUGAUUAUCCCCAAAAUGUCCACUUGGUGGACCGUUAUUUAAUUCACAAAUUACAGGACCGUCAGGUAGUUGGAUUAUGGAUGUUUGACCCGAAUGACAUGAAUCGUAUCUAUAACAGAAUUUCUCAUCAUAAGUUUUGAAUAUAAUGAAAACUUCAGGAUAAAAUUUUAUAUACGGAAAAGGUAAUGAUAUUUUCAAACUUGGUAUUGAUUUACGUCUCGAAGUGAAACAUGCGAAAGAUGCAGACUUACAAAAAUGGUUCUAUCAAUUAACUGUUUUUGCUUGCCAUAUUCUCUACACGAAACGAAGGAAGAGCAGAGCUCAUAUCAGAUAGGAUAUGAACUGAACCUUUAUAAGUUCAAUUCCUUCAUUUUCUUUUCAAAAGCUUUAAUCUUUAAUGUUUUUCUUUUUUUUUUUGUUUUUACAUAUAACAAGUCAUUGACAUUAAUAGUAUUUGAAGCAUCUCGCUCAUUCUUACUCUUACUUAAAAAAUUUCAUCCUUGCUUAACAAGCUUACAAUCGCUCCAUCUUAUGGGUUAUUGGGAGAUUUGCUAAACAA